AUGUCGCUUAUUUUUACAGAACAACUUUCUACAUCAGAUGGUAACACUAUGUUAACCUUUUUCGAUUUAACAGUUUAUCAGAAUUCCCCGCAGGUUAGACGUGAACCUGCUUGGUUUAAUUGGCUACAAACCUUAUUAACUGUUGAUAUCACCUCAAGAGAAUUGAGACAAAAAACGCCACAUAUUAAAAACUAUUAUUUUGACUUUUCCUCCUCAAACUUCUUAAAACAAGUACCAACUUGGCGAAUGUUAUGCAUGUCAUACCUACUUCAAGCUCAAGUCAUAAAACCAUACUUACACUCUGUACCAGGUGUAUUUAUCACAAUCCUUGUACCAAAAUACCACCACAGACAAAAAAUA